GACACCAACAACAUGGCCUCGCUGGCUCGAAGUUUUUUGCGAUUUGGGCAACGAAAUCUUAUCAAAAUACUCAUUAAACCUGAGAUAUUUUCCGUCCCAAGUGUUUGUUUAUUGAACAAUGAGUAUCUAGGUACCAGAAAUGCCUCCAGUGGCUCCAGGAAGGCUGCCAAGCCUAUCUUGAAUAAGGAGAGACUUGCCAAGGGUCUACCCAAACAGUUUCCUAUCCCAGGGGUCAAGCAUAUUAUUGUAGUGGCGUCGGGCAAAGGGGGUGUUGGCAAGUCGACAACUGCAGUCAACCUUGCUCUUGGAUUGGCGGCCAUUGAUAAGACUAAGACAAUUGGUAUCCUCGAUGCUGACGUGUACGGACCCUCCAUACCCAGACUGAUGAACCUGAAUGGCGAACCAGAACUAAAUGAUCAAAACCUCAUGAAACCCCUGGUCAACUAUGGCAUUAAGUGUAUGUCUAUGGGGUUCCUAGUUGAUGAGAAAUCGCCGAUUGUGUGGCGGGGCCUGAUGGUGAUGUCAGCCGUGCAGAAACUCCUGAGACAGGUGCUAUGGGGACCGUUAGAUUACCUGGUGGUCGACAUGCCCCCGGGAACUGGUGAUACGCAACUGUCUAUGACACAGAAUAUACCUAUAGCUGGGGCUGUCAUUGUCUCAACACCUCAAGACAUUGCCCUCCUCGAUGCCAGGAGGGGCUAUGAGAUGUUCAGGAAAAUCAAUGUGCCCGUUCUCGGCGUGGUCCAGAACAUGAGCUCAUACCAAUGUACGAAAUGCGGCCAUACGGAGUACGUGUUUGGAGAGGGAGGCGCUAGACAUUUGGCCCGUGAAUUGGGUAUAGAAUUCCUUGGUGAUGUCCCCCUCCAUAUUAGUAUCAUGAAGACAUCAGAUGCUGGCAAGCCUAUUGUCAUAUCGGACCCAGAUAGCCCCAGGGCCAAGGCCUACCUGGACAUUGCCCAACAGGUGCUGAGGAAGGUAGAGGAGAUGGGAUCAGGGAAUGCGUGAUAAUCACCUGGUACUGUGUUAUAUGAUUUGUACUGCUGAAGGGGUACUCUGCAUGUAAGCAGAGGUUUAUUUUAAGGUUUAUUUUCAGUCUAAAUUAGCAAAAUAUACCUAUAAUUUUAAUUUUAUCCACAAAUGAGAUUCAAUUGAAGUUUGGCUAAGCUGAUAGUAGAAAUCGCAAGUAAUUGAAAUCAUGCUAAAAUGAGACUUCUUGGAUAUCUAACUGGUACACACACGGCAAUGGAAAAUUUUCCAGCAGGAAGUUGUGUAUUUUGUGUCAGAUGGAGAUUUUUCUCCUCAAGUUAUUCAUAAGGUUAACAAUUUAUAUGUGAUAUCACAUGUAUGUUCAUUGUACAUUUAGCAGAUUUAUAUUGUUGUUGAUACUUGUCACACUUAAAAAUUCAAACAUUGAAGAAGUUCCACUAGAAUGUGAUUGCGUUUAGUAAAUUCCCAAAGCUGUUAGUGGUGUUGGCAGACCUCAAGUUGUUUGGCAGUGUGUUCCACAGUUGAAACAUCGUCGUCCAAAUGAUAUGCAGCUGAUGUUUUAACCUUGACGUUUGAAGAUGAGCCUGGUUCUUUCUGACUUUGAAGCAGAAGUUGUGAGUGAGGUUGUCAAUACUCCACUUGUGAAUGUCCGGGGGGGGGGGGGGGUUCAAGGUGGUCAAAAAAGGCUAAUGGAAAAGAGUUAAUAAUGUUAAUUCAACCCACAAGUUGAGGUCCUAAGGGCUGUGGAAAUUGUGAUUGAUGCAAGCAGUUGAAAUCAUGUUGACCAGCAUAUUUUUCUCCGGUUCGUUGUCGAAUGUGCUCUUGGCAAAGGCAUUAAAACCUUUGACCAAACCUUUUGUGCUUUUGUAAAAAAUGAUUGUACAUUGUCGAUUUGGUGAAAUAUUUUGUACAUACAAAGUCUGUAAUAAAAUUCGUGUAAGAA